AUGCAUCCGGGUCACAUCGAAGGAAACGGAAACUUCACCGCGGCGCGGAAUGGAUGGACACGGAAUUUCACUCUUACUCCUGAUGAAGUAUCCAAAACCGACUACACUACUCUUGAAUCAGUCCUGGAACUACAAACAAUCAAAGCAGCCCGCUCGGGCCUUUGCAUCUUUGUGGAACACCCUGCUGGGUCUGGCUCCUUUAUGAAGUUAAAACCAUGGAAGUUGCAAGAUGGAACUCUCCAAGCCGAUCUUCUCCAGAAAUUUUUUGAGGAAAGAAUGCUGGCAGGGACUAUAACCAAUCUCGAUGUAAGGGAUGCCACCGACACCGACAAGCAAUCUAUUAAAACAAAGGACUGGUUGCGAGCCCACGUUUCCGUUAUGACUACUUCAUACUCCAGUAGAAGUAUUAGUGAAGCAGAGGUCACAGAGGAUGGGCAGGAACCGCAAGAAACGAAAGUACCCGCCCCGCAAACACAUGCUGGGUUUCUCACUGGUUUCUUCCGAUCAGCUCCUGUUCUGUCACCAGAGAAUUCACCGUCAGAGCGAACAGAACCUGCAGAAAGCGAAUUAAAGGAGGAAGAAAUCCUUCGGGAGCGCGGCUGGCAACCGAUUCUUCGUCGUCUGACAACUAAGAAGCGUAGAGUCAUGAAAGCUGGUCAGGAACCGGAUAUUCAAGCUGAAGGCGAUGGGGAAGAAGUUCAGGCACUUGAUGGUGAAGAACCGAACACUUUGCCUGAGAGGCGUAAUAAAUCCUGGCGAAAGCAACCUAUCUCAAAAUCUAAACAUAAAGGGAAGGAAAAUGGCGCGGACACCACUUCAGAUAAAACUCCUCCGCCUCUCCCUAUCAAGGGCACAUCGGAUUCAUAA